AUGACUUUAAGACUGUAUUUUUCUGCCUCUCCACCAAGCAUGAUGCAUUCACGAGCAAGAGCAGGUGAUCCAGUAAAAAUUCAAAUCCAUACCGGUAAUGCUGGUUCAAUUAAUGCAGGAAGUCCGGAUGUUCUUGAUCACGUAUUAUUCUUGAAUAACUCAGAACUUUUUAAAGACUCACUUGUCUUUGAAUUUAAAGGGAGUAAAGGUGCAAGAAUAUACUUGACUGAACGAUCUGACAAAGAUCAAAAUCAAGCAUUUUAUGAAAUAUUACUUUAUGCCGGUACAAAUAACCAUGUUUACUUACGAAGACGCGAGUUUGGAAUAUUUAAAACAAUAGAUCAAUUUUCGGUUCAAAAUUUGCUGGAUAGUGAUAGUAACAAUUUUCGUCAACUAUGGAUUUCUUGGCAUAACGGCCAUAUAAAAUUUGGAAAAGGUGGUUCAAUUCACACUGGAGAAUAUUACACCUGGAUAGAUCCUAAUCCAUUCACUAUCCAGUCAGUAGGUAUAAUGACUGGAUAUGGAAAUACUGGUGACUGGAUUAUUUCAAUACCAGAGCCACUAUGUUUAUGUUCCUGUGAGUACAAACAAAAACUGAAUUACUGGUCUACCUUGAACGCUACAAACCACACACUUGAGGAAUUGAGAGAAAUGCUGAAACCAGUUCUGUUAGAAUUGCAGAGAAAUCUUACUGUAGACCAAAAGAACCUGUCUUCAUAUGUCCGAAAGCAUAACAGUGCAAAAGACAAGCGUCCAUCAUCGGAAUAUAUAGGCUAUGUUGGGAUGAUCUUUAUUUCUAUUGUCGUUGGAUUAGUUAUUUUUAUAGACAUCGUUGCAAUUCGCAAUAAUUUAAGAACGUAAAAUUGUUAUUUUACUGAACUUUUACGCUAUGCGUGUUUAACAUUUAUUUAGUCAAAAACGUUUGUGCAAUGCUGUUAUUUGGAAGUCUUAACUCUAUUUUACCAUGCAAUAUUAGAUCGAACAUGUAUCGCAAUGACACAGGGUUGACAGUAUGUCAAUUAGACGGUAUUGGUCUACAAAACAUUUUUAAAGCCACGAAACA